AUGCUGUUUGACCAUUGUUUCCCUUCAGUUUUCCUGGCAUUGUGCCCUAAUUCACCGCGAAAUUCAGUACCUACUUACUAUCUAUAUAAUAUUGUUUGGCCAGACCCUUUCUUACUCACGUUUUGUACGGCUCCAACAAUUCGUGCAUCAAAUAUUAAGGACGCAUUGGAAGAACAUCUCAAGGAUAUAUCCCAUAAUGAAGAAUCUGAAUCUAUUAAAUUGGAUAAAGAAAAAGCCGAGAAAGAUCAACCACUAGACAGCCUUGUUAAAGAUAUCCAUUCAAAUCAUUACUCAAAAGCUAAUGAUGACACUAAAUAUCUCAAAAAAGAUCAGGAAACAAAGGGGAUACAAGAAGGGCAUCAAAAGCAAGGAUUUCAAAAUUCGUAUCAUAAGGAUGAGUCAUCCAAUAAGAGUACAUUUUUUGAUGAUUUUAACGAUGAAGGUGAUCAAGCUGGCUAUAACAGCAAAUUAAAUAAACAUGAUAACAAUGGUGAAAGAAGCUAUGAAGGAUCACAUAAUAAUGGUCAAGAAUAUUUAAGAAACAAUUUCCAAGGAGGAGGUUCUAAUAAAUAUGGAGAUAUCGGAAACAAACAUGCCAAUUAUCAAGAUUACGGUAAGAAGUACUACGUUGAUAAUUCUGAAAAUUACAAUAAGUAUCGUAACGGUCACGGUUCCUAUGAUCGCGGCAAAAUCCAUGAUAGACAUCAUUACCAAGCUCCCCCAGUUCAUCAGGAUUUUGAUUGGCAAGACUGGAAUCAUAGACGAGAUUGGGAAAGACCUGGUUGGGAUAGGAGUCGAGGAUGGGAAACAGAUUAUGGAGGUCCAGGAUACUAUGAUGACCACGGUAUCCGACAUGACGGGGGAUAUGGCUAUGGUCCUAAUCAUGGUUACGGCUAUCGUUACGGGGAGUCGCGGGCGGAACCUGUAGCUGAGGUACCAGUAAACACGCCUGUGGUUGCUCAAAGGAAGCAGACUAUCACCAUCUACGAAGAUCCAAGGUAUUCUAGUUCAGAAAAGGGACAAAUGAGGCGGGAACAAGGCGACUAUAUAGAACUAGAUUUUCAACCAAGUUCCCACCGCUACGCAAGUUAUGAUGACACAUACUACAGUCUGCCUUCACGAGAAAAAUCUGCAGAGAGCAGCAAAAUCAACAAAUUAGUGUAUAAUUAUAGACGACAG